AUAUCCCAGAGAUUAACAACCAGCAUUCAGUCGAGAAAAAAAAGCGCUGGUACAACUAACUAGUGUAUUAUUGUCCUUUUCAAUUGCACCAAUUGAUUUAAAUUACCUUUGAUUGGUCAGUCAUGUGCUAGAUACCAUAUAGAUCAGCAUGGAACAGAAAAUUAAUACGGUGAAAAAUUAUUUCAAGAAAAAAAAUAUCGACGACGUAGAGGAAAGGGCUAAAGGCGGCGUACCGCAAAUCGGAUUCAGAAUUUCGUUUUGUGAACACGACAAGGAAUUGAAAGUGAAAGUUAUCGGUGCUAGAUUGUUACCAACGGACUAUGGUAAUAUCAAACCCAGAGGGUACUUAGUUAAGAUAACCGUAUAUCCAGGUAAACAAAAAUUCGAAACAAAGACUGUGAAAGAUUCGUGGCCCACUAUUAACGAGGAAUUUUCAUGUACAAUAUUUCCAGUAAAGAAAAUCGAUGACUAUUUCAAAGGACAUUUCGUUUCUUUUACAAUUUACGCUAUUUUAGGAAAAGAAGAAGAGGAGCAAAGACAGAACGAGAAACCAAAAAGUAUAUUAAAAAGAUAUUUUUCAUUUAGUGAUGGGGAGGAAUUUAUUUCUUUACGUAAUGGUAAUUUUAGAAGGUCUGGAUCUCAAAGAAGAAGUAGCUACAACAGUAGUAUGAGUAACAGAAGGACUGUAGGAGCAGUUACUUACAAUUUAGAUAGAAAAUUAUUUACUCAAAAACUUAAAACUGAUAUGAUAAGUACUCCGGAUAUUUGGAGAAAUGUGACGGAAAUUACCAGCGGUAUUCAAACUCAACCGCGAGACGGAACUAAAGGCAGUAUAGAAUUAACCCUCCAAUAUGGCGUUAGUGAAGAUGGUCGAAAUGAUGUAGUUGAAGUAACAGUUACCAAAUUUAGAUGCAGUUUACAAACAAUGCAAUUACAUGAAACAAUUGGAGGGCAACUCUACAUCAAAAUCACGGCAUUCGAAUACGAAGAUCUUAUACAAAAAAUGAAAAGUGAUAAAUUCGAACCGACGAUUAGUUUGAAAUUAGAACCGAGCACGUCGACAUUGAGAGCUACGGUCAAUAAAUAUAAUUUGAAGCAAGUGAAAAUUUUGAUAAGGUUGAUGUCGAGAAAUAUAGUGGGAAAAAAAACCGUACUGGGUAAAAUAGAAAUCGAUAGGAAUAGUAGUUUUUGGAAAGAAAUCGUCGCUUCACCAUCGGUUGCUAUCACAAAAAUGGUUCAUUUUGAAUAGGAUUUUUUAUGUUUAUAGAUAGUUUUGAUUAUAAAAAAAAUUUACACAAACGUCCUCAUUAGAAGUAAAUUUUUUCAUGCAAAGAACUAACGAAUUGCGAUUAAACGAUAGUUUUGCCCUACUUCCCCCUAUCGACAUCAAAAUGUACGUAUUUAUUUUGCUUUUCCCCACUUUCUCCCACUAUUUACCCCAAAAUAAAUGUAAAUAUAACAGAAAUAAUUUGACAGCACUCUAAGAAUGGAUUUUUUAAGUAAAAAAUUACUUUUUAUAAUGAAAAAAUGUUUUAAAAGUCAAAAAAACGAAGCUAUACUGCUUUGCCCCACUUUUUUCUCAAAAUAGGAGGCAAUUUACUCCUAUUAAGGAGCUAAAAAUAAUUUAAAAUUGCCCUAAAAAUGAUUUUUCACAUUAAAAAUUAAUAUCUAACCUAUCAACUUAAAAAAAAUUGAUCAAAAAUCAUAAAAACCGAGCUAUUCUAAUUUGCCCCACUUCCCCCUCGAAUAUAAGACAUUCAACUCAAACCUUUUUUACGUUAAGAAAACGAUGACGUCACUAGAUAGAAGAUUGCAGCGUUGUCAUGCUGUAUUAUUUUCCUUAAAUUGAAUGUAAAAAGCUCUAUGCUUCACAGACACGAUUGUUAUUGAAUAACAAAACAUCAAAUCACAAAAAUCUAAACAUUAUAUAGAUCUAGUAACAAUAAUAAUUACGGUUUUUUAUAAAUUGAGAAAAAAAAAUAAAUACAAAACCAUCACGUCACAAAUAUUGAUUUGGCAACAUCGUGAAGUGUCACCGACUUUCUUGACUCAAUUUCUUUCCACCCCCCAAAACCCUCUGACAGUAUCCUAACCAAGAAAACGCGGGAUAUCAAGCAAACAUGACUGAGGCCAGACCAUAGAUCAAUCCGUAAAUUUGUGCUGCGGAAAUAGCGCACCUAAAUAGAGAAGACAGAAAGACUAAUCUCACAACACAUGCAAACUUCAAUUCUCUACGAUACAUAUACAAUUCAAAAUAUCUUAUUUUACAUGAGAACAACGUGGUUUUAAUUUAAAUAUAACUAAGAAUCGAAACUAAAAAUUUCGAAUGUAUUGAAAUAAUAAUUUAUCUAAAUCAGCCAGAUGAUAUCAGGACAUUCUGUAUUUCUCUCGAGGCUAACGGUUUGUGAUUAUAAGAUAAAUUUAUAUCUGUUAUAUUAGAUUGUGAGAAAUUAUUUAUUUUGUAAUGUUGAUUAGAUAAAUAAAGAAUUUUAAAAAAUGUUAA